AUGUUCAAACCAGUAGUGUCGCGAACGGUCGUGAAUCGCUACGGUAGGAGGCCUGUGAACAUGGUGAGCGGCUCCGUCGACAUACUUUGGACCGCGAAUUGGCGCGUCUGCCAGGCGGCAGUGGAGGCGGUCCUCCGAGGUGGCCGGUCGAAGUCGAUGCUGAAUCUCAUCGGGGGACGGUUAACGACUCCUCAGACUGCAUGGAGAAGUAUGGGCGGCUGCGCUGACUGGCGGCAAUGGCCGGACUGA